ACAUCUAGAUUUACAUGUGAAAGCACGAAACAGGACAAAGACAUUGGAGCUAUAAUAACAGUCCUUCGUCACAAAAUUAACCAUCAAGCAAAAGCAAACCCAAUACCAUUUUGUUACUGCAACUCUUUCUUUUGUGCUGUCUUCACCAAACAAUCUGAGAAAGAAGAAGAAGAUAUGGACGGACAUUCCGCCGGCCGCGAAUGGGCAGAUCUUCCACAAGAACUGCUAGAAAUCAUCAGUAAACAUCUUGAUUCUCGCAUAGAUGUUUACCGAUUUCGUGCUGUAUGCACUUCAUGGAGAUCCUCUGUUUCUUCUUCUUAUAGGAAAUUCCCCAGUAUUCUCCUCAAGCUUCCUCCUCCUAUACUAGCUGAUGCUUUCUUUUCUCUUGUCACAAUUUGCCGUCUUCAGCUGGUUGAUGAUGAUGAUGACAGUGAUGGGAAGAGGUUGUCAAGGCCUAAUUCCUGGCUGACUAAAGUAGAGGAAUCAACUCGUGGGGAAAUGCAGCUUUUGAUCCCACUUUCAAAUCGUCAGAUUAAGCCUUCUCCUGGUAUGAUGACAAAGAUGUUGAACUUGUUGAAUUUCCGGUUAGUAGAAUUAACUAAAUCUUGUACUUUUAAACUUGCUACUGGUCGUCCUGUUCUGGGUAUUGAUAAAGCUGUUCCAUUUCCAAAUCGUGCUAGAAUGAAUGAUAUUAAUGCUAGUGACUUUGGUGUUCUUGCUAUCUUUCAUGAAGGUAAAUUGGGUUAUUGGAAAAAUGGUGACAGGAAUUGGACUCUGUUAGAUGAUAGAAAUUUUCAUUAUGAUGAUAUCAUAUUCUACAAGGAAAAAAAUUAUGUUGUUGAUAGAAAUGGAACUGUUUCUUGGAUUGAUUCUUCACUGAAUUUGAUCCAAUACUCACCUCCGCUGUGCGGCUGUGGUGAUAAGAAAAAUCUAGUGGAGUCUUGUGGAGAUCUUUAUGUUGUUGAUAGGUAUCUAGAUGGAGAAAGGAGGAUAUGGCAAGGUCAUGAAGGUGAACACAUUAUUAAUCAAGAAAGGUUUAAUACUGAUGAGUUGUUCUUUAACCUUCUUAGAAACUAUCCAAGAUGUGGAGCUAAAACUGUUGAUUUCAAAGUUUAUAAACUUGAUGAAGAAUGGGGGAGAUGGGUGGAUGUCAAAUCAUUGGAUGAUAGAAUUUUUGUUGUGAGUAAUGAGGUCAGUUUCUCUGUUUCUGCUAAAGAAUUCAAUGGAUGGGAAGGGAAUUGCAUAUAUUAUACUGAUCCAAAUGAUGAAGAUUUUGGUGGAGAAUUAAGUGGUUAUGAUGCUCGUGUGUUCAGAUUAAAAGAUCAUAGCAGUGUCAAAGGAUCUUGUUUUCUUGGUCAUUCUCAACUGGUGCAUCCACUCUCCAAAAUUGGGCCACUUUAUAUCUGGUUUGGGAAUCUUGUGUUGAAAUCGCCGGCUAUUGUAAUUGCAUAUGCAAGAAGCUAUGCAGUUGCAGUUUGUUUAUGUAUAGAGAACAGGGUUUCUUGGUGUGACCUUGCCAUGGAUGUUUCACAACUGAAAAUGUUCAAGGUCGACAGGGAAUUGAUAUCUUGGUCUGAUAUUCCCAUGCUGGCUUUAGCUUCAAUUGCCAAGUUUCUACAAGCUCAUCAAACUGAUCUUAUUAGUUUUCGCAGCGUUUGCAGUUCGUGGCGGAAUUCAGCUCCUUGUUGUUUCUUGGAGAAUUCUCUUUACCCUAUUAUUGAUCUUCCUCUCCCUGAUUUUGUUCAUGGCAUAUUGUUUCGCUGGCCAAUGUUGUCUAAUGAUGAAACCGACGCCAUCAAUUUUACAUUCUCACGAUCCAUUAUAUAUCUACUAGAACCAAUAUCACCUUCUUGUAGCAGAUUCUUGUUGGUUAAGGCUGAACAUCAAGUGGUGCAAAUCGGAGGGAAGCAUCAGCAUAAAGUAAGCCUUUCUAAUUUGUUCUCACAAGCAGAGAAUACUAAUUUGCAUGGUCAGGUAUUGUAUUUGAGGAAUUAUCUUGCCUCUGAAAUAUGCAAAGCAUACACCACAAAUAGACAUGAAGAAUUCUUGUACAGAGAUAUGAUAGUUUUCCAUGAGCAAAUAUAUGUUGUAGAUGAAUGGGGGACGCUAUUUCUGAUUGAUUUUUCAUUAAUGAAAGUUAAAAAAGUUGCAGCUUCAAUAUGUGAGCAUGGGGAGACUUAUCUAGUGGAGUCGUGUGGUGAUCUUUAUCUAGUUCAAAGUAAAGAGGUUGAUUUCAGAAUUUACAAGUAUAAUGACAAGGAAUAUGAUUGGAACAUGGUGAAAAGCAUUGGCGAUCGAUUGUUCUUCAUUGGCUGUGGUUUUAACCAUUCAUUCUCUAUUUCAGGUCAGGAUUUCUCUGGAGCUAAAGGAAAUUGCAUAUUUUUCAAGUCUGAAAAAUCCAUUCAAGAAGAUGAUGUUGAAGGUUGUGAUUGUCAUAUAGGUGUCUACAAUGUAGAGAAUGGUAAAAUUAGACAGUUUCUGGCACAACAUUAUCAUUACCAAGAUUCUUGCAAAACAAAGGUCAGAGAGAGAGCAAUGAAUGAUAGUGGACAACAGCAACAAGAAGAACAGCAAUGGGCUGAUCUUCCCAAAGAACUAUUAGAGACAAUAGGAAAAUGCUUCGAUUCUCGUGUAGAUAUUGUUCGUUUUCGCUCAGUUUGUUCUUCUUGGAGAUCCUCUGCUUCUUGCUCUUUUGAUCAAGAAAUUCCUAAUCUUCCUAUCAAACUACCACAACCCAUUAACUUUAAUGCAAAUCUUUACCAAUCCACUAUUUGCAAAAUGGAAUUUAUUACCCAUCAGAAACCAGAACCCAGUUCUGAUUCUUCUUCUUCUUCUUCUUCAAAUUCAGAGUCCAAAGGUUGGUUAGUUAAAGUUGGCGAAUCAAAAUAUGGCAAAUUGGAGCUUCUGCAUCCAUUAUCUGAUUACAAAAUUAGGUACUCUCCUUUUGUGUUGAACUUAUUGGAUACUAAUUUUGUCAAUUUAAGUAAAGCUUUUAUGCUUAAAACUCAAUCUGGGUAUCCUAUUUAUGGUGUGAAUAAAGUUGUUUUAUUUAGUAAAGAUGAGUCUGCUAUUAUUGCUAUUUGUCAUGAAGGAAAAUUAACUUAUUGGAAAGAUGGUGAUGAGCAAUGGACACUUUUGGAUAAUAACCAUUUUGAAUAUGAUGAUAUUAUUGAAUACAAGGGUCAGUUUUAUGUUGUUGAUAGAUGGGGCACCGUUUCUUGGAUUGAUAAGUCACUGAGAGUGAUUCAAUAUUCACCUCCUUUGUUUGGUUGUGGUGGGCGGAAGAAUUUAGUAGAGUCCUGUGGUGAUCUAUAUAUUGUUGAUAGAUAUCUUGAUGGAGAAAGAAGGACAUGGGAUGAUUAUGAUCGUGAAAGUGCUGCUGCUCGUCGUAGGAGAUAUAGGAAAUGUAGUCCUAGGGCUACUGAUUUUAGAGUACAUAAGUUGGAUGAAGAAUGGGGUACAUGGAUUGAUGUGAAUUCCUUGGGUGAUCGAGUUUUUGUUCUCGGUAUUGAUUGUUCAUUCUCUAUUUCAUCUGGUGAAUUUGUUGGAGGUAAAGGGAAUUGUAUUUACUUCACAGAUGAUGAUGAUUAUGUUGGAAAAGGAUUAAGUAAUGAUAGCAUUCGUAUUUUUCGAUUAGAGGAUCAUUUCAUUGAGAAAGUUUCAGCAUUGCCUGGAUUUUCUGAGAUCUUUUGGCCACCCAAUAUCAGCUCAAUAUGACCAAUGCUUGCCCAGAUGUUCAGUGUGAGCUAUUGAAGAACUUUUCUGCAGUUGAGAAGGUGGAAGCUUCAACUUGUAAGUCUGAUAAAUUUGAGCGUCAAGCCCUCACGAUUCCGUUAUGUCUCUUGUAAAUUUCAUUCAACUGGUUGUGUACUUUAAGCUUACAUAGAAGAAGGUGGCGUUCUACGUUGAUGGCCCCUUCUCCAGGUGUGGUUUAUUGAACUUGCUAUAUGGAACUUUCCUAUCCGGUGUCCUUCAGAGGAAUUCUUAUUCCUGGAAGAUAACAUUGCAGUUAUAGUUCAACCUUCCCUGUGAAUACAUCAGAAGGUAAUACUUUAUGAAGACAGCAAUAUUUUAACCCA